AUGUCCGACGGAAGAGGAGCGAACAUGUGCCUCGCCGAAUACGAGAGGGCGCCCAACACGACUCGUCUGACGCUGCAAGCAUGUCAAGUGUGCACCAAGUGCCCAACACCGCCGGCCAACUGCCAGCCCCCCACGGACACGCCGCUGCAGACACCACCUCACCUCGCCACCGCCAGCACCCGACCAACCACUACACUGCAAACCCGGUCCUCCUGCCGAGAGGUCAACUCUCCACCAGCGAUGCUCCCAUCGAAGAAACGACGCCAAAGACGCCGUCAUCGCCGAUCCAACAAGGUAGAUCUUGGUUUUCACCCGGAGAGUAUAGCUCAAGGACAUGAGAGGGGCCGAAUCUCCUCGGUGACGCCUCCAACAAGGAAACAACACCCACAAGCAUUGUCAUCACCGGCCAUGAGCAGGACUUUCGUCCGGAGAUACUGCACACCUACGCCGGGACGUUGCCCCGCGCGCACCCCACCUUCAGAUCUGGAGCCUAGCUCCUCCCAUCCUGGCCGGAGCAUAGCCUGCAGCACCACUGGCCUGCUCAAGAGCCGCACCAGGGCACCACCACGAGGUGCACUGCAUCCAGCCCACCGCAGCGCUUGGACAUGUCCAGAUCGGGCAUGCCCGCAGCUGCCCCUGUACGCACGCCGGAGACCUGGCAGCAGCCCCCGCCUGGGACUCCACCGCACAGUCCGGACGGCGCAGAUCCGCCGCCCCAGCCUCACAAGCCCGCGGCAGGCCCGGGUGAGCCCAGAUCGGGCCCGCCCCGCCUGCAGCCGCAGCCGUGCGCCCACCGGAGGGAGGCAGAGGCGGCGUGACCUCGAUCUGCAGCACCCCACCUCGGCCAAAUCACCGCCGCCGCCGGCCUCGGAUGGAGCAACUCAGAUCCGCCUGCCAGCCGCCAAGCGAGGCCGCGCCUCCGAGAGUGGCCACAGAGAAUGCCCCGCCGCCACCAUCCCUGGAGUCGGCCGAGCUUCGCCGGCGAGCCCCUCAGGCGGCGGCGAGGGAAGGAGGAGGGUGGAGGGAGGGAUGGCCGGUUAG